AAUUCUUGGGUUCACCGUUAAAGAAGGGGCUGGUUGCCCUCCUUCGAACUGUUGCGCGCGUCUCAUACUGUUGCGCGCGUCUCAUAUUCAUCGUACCCUCGUCUCUUUCAACUUCCUUCAUUUCUGCGUUUACGGGGCUUGGCAUAACGUCGGUUCUGUAUUCAGAACAAUGAGCUCGGGGGAUGGGGGUUCUCAAUCAUCAUCAAAGAAAUCAAAGAAACCACAAUAUUCUAGAUUUACUCAGCAAGAACUUCCUGCUUGCAAGCCAAUUUUAACACCAGGAUGGGUCAUUACAACCUUUAUUUCCAUUGGCAUUGUUUUUGUGCCUAUUGGCCUUGCAGCAUUGUCAGCAUCACAAAGGGUCGUAGAAAUUGUGGAUCGUUAUGAUGACUUGUGCAUUCCUUCAAGUAAAGUGGAUGAAAGAGAUUCAAAUCACGAGAGGGCUGAGUUUAUUCAAAAUGAUAAAACAAAUAAAACAUGCAUCAGGACCUUGAUAGUUCCCAAGAAGAUGCAGAGUCCGGUUUUUAUCUAUUACGAGCUUGAUAACUUCUACCAGAAUCACCGAAGAUAUGUAAAAAGCAGAAGUGACAAGCAAUUGCGCAGCCCAGAGUCAGAGUAUGACACAAAAACUUGUGCUCCUGAAUCAAUGAAUAACAAUAAGCCAAUUGUUCCCUGUGGACUUGUUGCUUGGAGUUUGUUCAAUGACUCUUAUGGGUUUAAGAUUAGCGACAAAGAGGUACCUAUCAAUAGAAAGGAUAUUGCUUGGGGAAGUGACAGAAGACACAAAUUUGGCUCUGAUGUUUAUCCAAAGAAUUUUCAGCAAGGAAGCCUUAUUGGGGGUGGAAAACUGAAUCAAAGCUUACCAUUAAGUGAGCAAGAGGACCUUCUUGUUUGGAUGCGAACAGCAGCUUUGCCGAAUUUCAGAAAGCUGUAUGGGAGAAUAGAAAGCGAUCUCGAAGCUAAUCAGGAGAUUACUGUGGUAAUCCAAAACAAUUACAAUACGUACAGUUUCGGGGGUAAAAAGAAGUUGGUUAUUUCAACCGCGACAUGGGUUGGCGGGAAGAACGAUUUCCUUGGAAUAGCAUACCUCACAAUUGGCGGAAUUUGCUUCUUUUUGGCAACAAGCUUCAUACUUUUGUAUGUCAUCAAACCAAGGUCAUUCGGAGAUCCCGCCUUUUUAUCAUGGAACCUCAAUCCCGACAUGAAUUGAAAUUUUCUUCAUGUUCAGUAAAGCAGAAUCAGAAUCAGUUUUCAGAAGCUGAUACCUCUCAGCUUCUAAAAAAAUUGAUUCUAGGAGUAAAUUAGAGCACCCGAAUCACUUCUGCAUUUUCACCCAAACACUCCAAUCACUUGAAGGAGCAGAAGCAGUUUUAAGAAUCAGAUCCAGUGUGAUACCUAAAGCUCCACUUCAUAGAUGGCUAUUUUGACUUUAUGUGGUAUAAGCUUUGGCCAUCGGGAGUCUAAGCUUCAAGAUAAAACUAAGGGGCUGUUUACUUUUUUUUUCAUUAAGUCCUGUAUGAAUUAAGACGUCUGUAUGGAUUAAGACGUCUGUCUGGAUUAAGUCACAGUGAUAUAACAAGCUGUUUACUUUGUGUGCUGAAUGAACAUGCUGAAUUAUAUCAAAUGACCAGUUUACCCUUCUAUAUGGAAAAAGUGUUGAAUAUA